AUGGAGAACUCAACCCAAGUCAAGUUAUUUUAUCUCUUUGGCUUACAAGAGACAUUUAACAACAAAUCAGUAUAUUUUAUCUUGUCUCUUAUCACAUAUCUUCUCAUCAUCACUGUGAAUUUGACUCUGAUCAUAACAAUCAUUCAGGGGAAAGGCCUCCAUGAGCCCAUGUAUGUCUUUCUGUGUAGUCUAUGUGUCAAUGGAUUGUAUGGAACUGCUGGUUUCUACCCCAAGUUGUUACUGGACCUUCAGUCAGAUGUUCAGGUGAUAUCUUAUGGUGAAUGUUUGACUCAAGCCUAUGUAAUAUACACAUCUGUCAUGUGUGAAAUGUCUACUCUAACAGUGAUGUCUUACGACAGGUAUGUGGCAAUAUGCAGACCACUACUAUACCAUACCAUUGUGACAUCUUUAACUGUUAGAAAGUUACUCUUAUUUUCUUGGUUUUAUCCUUUAUUUAUAGGACUCAUUGUAGUUAGUUUAACCGUCAGACUUCCUUUGUGUGGAUCUCGCAUUGAUAAAAUCUUCUGUGACAUUCCGUCUAUACUGAAACAUGCUUGUUUACCCACUACCAUCAAUCAGAUGUUGAACAAAUUUAUACUAGUGGUUCAUGUUUUACAGUUACUUUUCAUUGUAUUUUCUUAUGUGACCCUGUUUGACAAUUUGCAAGGGUGGAAUAAUGUAAAUAGUACGCUAAAUAUGCGUAAUGCAAUGGCCGUACAAUUCCUUAUUAUACCACCUGUCUUUAACCCUCUCAUAUAUGGACUUAACCUCCAGCAGAUUCGAAGGGCAGUUUUUAAAAAGUGUAAUGCACAUAAAACCAUUGAUUCAAUAGAGGAGAGAAGACAGAGGGUGGUCUCUCAUCCAGAGAUGCCUGAUGGAGUGCCCUUUAAGAUCAAAUACCCAGAUGCGAGGGAGCGGAUUAGGAGAUUCCAGCUCUCUGAAUCCAUUCAGAUGUUGUUUGAUUUUGUAGGGGAGGAUGAUGCCUGGAGUGAGGUCUUUACCCUCCAGGCAGCAGCGGGCUUCGCAACCCUGAAGAGCACGAUUAACGGGUCAUUGGAGGACCAUGGAAUUCGGGAGUCAACAACACUGUAUGUGUUGUGGUUGUCUGUGGAGGUUGUGCAGGCGUCGGUACCUUGGGCUCACGGAAGGAAACCGCUCCAGAAGCGGCAGGUGAGAGGGGUGAAACAGGUGGUGGAGGAUACGCUGGCAAACUGA